GAGGAUUGGAUUGCAAUGGACCUUGAGUAUAAGGGGGUGGUAUGGAGAAGGGAAACUGAGGCUCUUAGCGGCGACCCUAUUGACUUCGAAGCUUCUAUGUGGGUUCUGAAGACUCAGCUCCUGGAACUCCGGACAAAUAACUACCAGCUCUCAGAUGAACUUCGAAAGAAUGGUGUUGUUCCUUGUUACCACCUGAGGCUGAGCUUCCCUGCUUUCCCUGCACCAGAACUUGCCAGUCUUCGGCAGAAGGUCGCCUACCUGGAUAAGGAGUUCAGCAAAGCUCAGAAGGCACUAAGCAAGAGCAAGAAAGCUCAGGAAGUGGAGGUACUGCUGAGUGAAAAUGAGAUGCUGCAGGCAAAGCUGCACGGCCAGGAGGAGGACUUCCGUUUGCAGAACAGUACACUUAUGGCCGAGUUCAGCAAGCUCUGCAGUCAGCUGGAGCAGCUGGAGCUGGAGAACCAACAACUGAAGGAAGGGGCUGCUGGAGCAGGAGCUGUUCAAGCUGGGGCACAUGUGGAUGGGGAGCUACUGCGGCUGCAGGCAGAGAACACAGCCUUGCAGAAGAACAUGGCAGCACUGCAGGAGCGCUAUGGGAAAGAGACUGUGAGACCUUCAGCUGCAAGUGAUGGCCAAGGGGAUCCCCCAGGAGAUGCACUCGCCCCUGCCCUGGCCCCCAUGCCAUUGGCAGAAGUGGAGCUGAAAUGGGAAAUGGAGAAAGAAGAAAAGAAACUGCUCUGGGAGCAGCUGCAAGGCUUAGAGAGCUCAAAGCAAGCUGAAACCUCCAGACUACAGGAGGAACUUGCUAAGCUCUCUGAGAAACUGAAAAAGAAACAGGAAAGUUUUUGCCGUCUGCAGACGGAGAAGGAGACAUUAUUUAAUGACAGCAGAAACAAAAUUGAAGAAUUACAACAGCGGAAGGAAGCCGAUCUCAAAGCCCAGUUGGCUCGCACCCAAAAGCUGCAGCAGGAACUUGAGACUGCCAAUCAGGGAAGGAUGAGGUCUGGAAUGGGGUUACCUGACUUCCCACAGAGCUUGGCAGAGCUAAGAGAUCAGCGGCAGGGGGAGCGCCUGGAGCAUGCAGCAGCAUUGCGGGCCCUACAAGAUCAGGUGUCCAUCCAGAGUGCAGAUGCGCAGGAACAAGUGGAAGGGCUUCUGGCUGAGAACAACGCCUUGAGGACUAGCUUGGCUGCUCUGGAGCAGAUCCAGACAUCAAAGACACAAGAACUGAAUACGCUUCGGGAACAGACCACUGAAUUGGCAGCUGAGUUACAGCAUCGGCAGGCUGAAUAUGAAGAUCUUAUGGGACAGAAAGAUGACCUCAACUCCCAGCUCCAGGAGUCACUAAGGGCCAAUAGGCGGCUGCUGGAACAGCUUCAAGAAAUGGGUCAGGAGAAGGAGCAGUUGACCCAGGACCUCCAGGAAGCUCGGAAGACUGCUGAGAAACGGAAGGCCAUGCUGGAUGAGCUAGCAAUGGAGACAAUGCAGGAGAAGUCCCAGCACAAAGAAGAGUUGGGAGCUGUCCGAUUACGGCAUGAGAAGGAGAUGCUGGGGGUGCGAGCUCGUUAUGAGCGUGAGCUUCGAGAGCUGCAUGAGGACAAGAAACGGCAGGAGGAGGAGCUCCGGGGGCAGAUUCGGGAGGAGAAGGCUCGAACAAGAGAUUUGGAGACUCUUCAGCACACUGUAGAAGAACUUCAGGCUCAGGUACACUCCAUGGAUGGAGCCAAGGGCUGGUUUGAACGGCGCUUGAAGGAGGCUGAGGAAUCCUUGCAGCAGCAGCAACAGGAACAGGAAGAAGCUCUCAAGCAGUGCCGGGAGGAGCAUGCUGCUGAGCUGAAGGGCAAAGAGGAAGAGCUACGGGACGUGCGGGAUCAGCUCCAGCAGGCCCAGGAGGAACGAGAUGGUCAUGUGAAGACCAUCAGCAGCCUGAAGCAGGAGGUAAAGGACACAGUGGAUGGGCAACGGAUCCUGGAAAAGAAGGGCAGUGCUGCGCUCAAAGACCUUAAGAGGCAGCUGCACCUGGAGCGGAAACGGGCUGACAAGCUGCAGGAGCGGCUGCAGGACAUCCUCACCAACAGCAAGAGCCGCUCAGGCAUUGAGGAGCUGGUUCUCUCUGAGAUGAACUCACCAAGCCGGACUCAGACAGGGGACAGUAGUAGCAUCUCUUCCUUCAGCUACCGGGAGAUCUUGAAGGAGAAGGAGAGCUCAGCCAUCCCAGCCAGGUCUUUAUCCAGCAGUCCUCAGGCCCAGCCCCCGCGGCCAGCAGAGCUGUCAGAUGAGGAAGUGGCUGAGCUGUUUCAGAGGCUGGCCGAGACACAGCAGGAGAAGUGGAUGUUGGAGGAGAAGGUAAAACACCUGGAGGUGAGCAGCGCCUCUAUGGCAGAGGACCUCUGCCGGAAAAGCGCCAUCAUUGAGACCUAUGUCAUGGACAGCCGGAUUGAUGUGUCUGUGGCAGCAGGCCACACAGACCGAAGUGGGCUGGGCAGUGUCCUGAGAGACCUAGUGAAGCCAGGCGAUGAGAACCUUCGGGAAAUGAACAAGAAGCUGCAGAACAUGUUGGAGGAGCAACUCACCAAGAAUAUGCACUUGCACAAGGACAUGGAAGUUCUAUCCCAGGAAAUUGUACGGCUCAGCAAGGAAUGUGUGGGGUCCCCUGACCCAGACCUAGAACCUGGAGAAGCCAACUAAAGACCCGCAGACUGCACCUACUUCCACCCCCUCCGGAAUGCCACUCACUCCCCUGGGCUGUGGUGGGAAAAUAAGGAGGCUGGCACCAAAUCUAAUUGUUUGGGAGACGGACAUUAAAGGGGCUGGAGGCCUGUCUAUGGCUGGUGUCGAUGACCCCAGUCAUAUGGCAGAGGCCCUGGGGGAGGAAGGAUCCUGAGGGAAGGACAGGGAUUUUGUUCUUCUUGACCCUAGCUCCUAGGGACAUCUGCCUUCAACUCUGCAUGAGCUCUCCCUCCCAGAGACCAACUCUUCAUUUUAUUUUAUUUUUUAAUUUAUGUCUGGAAGCCUGGCUACUCUGCAUUUGGGACUGGGGAUUUUGGGUGGGGGUGCAGUCCAUGCUCAAUGUUCUAGCAAUGUGUGUAUGUGUGUGAGCGUGUGUGUGUGUAAAGGCUAUGCAGCCAAAAUACCAUCUGGCCAGACGGGCCCACCCAC